GUUCUUCAUUUUAAGUAGUUGAGAGUCAGCUCACAACCAAUUUCAAAAUGUGUGGUAUCUGGGCCCUUUUUGGAAGUGAUGAAUGCCUUUCUGUUCAGUGUCUAAGUGCCAUGAAAAUAGCCCACCGAGGUCCUGAUGCAUUUCGUUUUGAAAACGUCAAUGGCUUCACCAACUGUUGUUUUGGUUUCCAUCGUCUUGCAAUUGUUGAUCAGUUAUAUGGCAUGCAGCCUAUUCGGGUGAAGAAGUUUCCAUAUUUAUGGCUGUGUUACAAUGGAGAAAUCUACAACUUCAAACAGUUGCAAAAGCAAUUUGGAUUUGACUAUCAAACUUUAGUAGAUGGUGAGGUAAUCCUUCAUCUUUACAACAGAGGAGGAAUAGAGCAAACAGCCUCCAUGCUAGAUGGUGUGUUUGCGUUCAUCUUGCUGGACACUGCAAACAGGAAAGUGUUUCUGGGAAGAGAUACGUAUGGAGUCAGACCAUUGUUUAAGGUGUUGACUGAAGAUGGGUUCCUGGGUGUCUGCUCUGAGGCAAAAGGUCUUAUCAACUUAAAGCACUCUAUGUCCUCUUGUCCUAAAGUGGAGCCAUUUCUUCCGGGACACUAUGAAGUAUUGGAUUUAAAGCCAUCUGGCAAAGUUGCAUCGGUGGAACUGGUAAAAUUUCAUAGUUGUAAAGAUGAACCUCUGCAUGUGGCGUAUGAUACACUGGAAAAUCUGAAUGCAGGUUUGGAUCUUGAAACUGUGAAAAGCAACAUUCGUCUUCUGUUUGAAAAUGCUGUUAGAAAACGUUUGAUGAGUCAUAGAAGAAUUGGUUGUCUUUUGUCAGGGGGGUUGGAUUCCAGUUUGGUUGCUUCAGUGGUCCUGAAAUUGAUGAAAGAAUCAAGCAUCAAUUACCCGUUCCAAACCUUUGCAAUUGGAAUGGAAGACAGUCCUGAUUUACUGGCUGCCAGAAAGGUAGCUGCUCAUAUUGGCAGUGAACAUCAUGAAGUAAUAUUUAAUUCUGAAGAAGGAAUUCAGGCAAUAGAAGAGGUUAUUUUUACACUGGAAACAUAUGAUAUUACAACAGUUAGAGCUUCAGUUGGUAUGUAUCUGGUUUCCAAAUAUAUACGUAAGAAAUCGGACAGUGUGGUCAUUUUCUCAGGGGAAGGCUCAGAUGAGCUUACACAAGGCUAUAUCUAUUUCCAUAAGGCCCCAUCUCCUGAAGAAGCUAUGGAAGAGAGUGAGAGGCUUCUGAAAGAACUUUAUCUGUUUGAUGUACUUCGGGCAGACAGAACUACUGCAGCUCAUGGUCUUGAACUAAGAGUCCCAUUUUUGGAUCACCGAUUUACAUCUUAUUACCUAUCCUUGCCAGCGGAACUCAGAAUUCCAAAGAAUGGAGUUGAAAAGCAUCUCCUGAGAGAAUCUUUUCAGGAUUCCAACUUGCUUCCGAAAGAAAUACUCUGGAGACCCAAAGAAGCUUUCAGUGAUGGUAUAACAUCUCUCAAGAAGUCUUGGUUUUCAAUUCUUCAAGAGCAUAUUGAUCUCCAGGUUGAUGACCUUCUGCUGGAAAAAGCAGCAGAGAAAUUUCCUUUUAAUCCUCCUAAAACUAAAGAAGGCUACUACUACCGCCAGAUCUUUGAGAAGCAUUAUCCUGGGCGAGCUGAUUGGCUCCCCCAUUAUUGGAUGCCACGAUGGAUUGAAGCUACUGACCCUUCUGCUCGCACGUUGAAACAUUACAAGUCAGCUACCAAAGAAUAAGCUUUCCAGUUGUGUUGAAACAGAAAUUGUUGCCCAUUGGCUUGCUCUGUGCAAAAGCUGAUUAUAUCACCCAAUAGUCUAAAGAAUAUUCCGAAUGAAUUUGGACAAUGGUAUUUAAGAUGAACCAUUUCUAACCAGUAGAAUUGUGUAAAAAUUAACCUCAGUACAGAUGGCUUGCACAGGAACCUCUGCCUCAUUUAAACUACAGUUCUGAUCUAAAAAACUACUCUGUGGAAAGGGCACCAUUAUACUAAGCAGCUCUGCCUCUUGUUCAUACUCAGUCAUAUUGACUGACUUCAGUUACAUACAUAUAUUUUUAACAAGAGGCCUCUUUGGAGUACUUGAAUGGCUCAUAAAAUGUGUGCUGACUUGAAUUUCAUCUUGGGGAUAUAGAAUGAGCAUUUAUGGACUGAACAGUCUAUCUAGGCUCCUAUGUUUAAACACUGUAGCAUUCAGAUGGUUGCUUAGACCUUGGGCAAGAUAUGCAGAUAUUUACAAAUUCUCGGUACAGAUAUAGAGAGGUACUUAGUGGGAUUUGUGGAAAUGCCUAAGCAGGUGAGGUGCGUAACAAAAGUCAAUCUAACCUGCGUAGGUACUUCUGAAAAUCCCACUACAGUCUCAUUAGGCACUGAAGGGUAGUGGGGGUGGGAGGAUGCCUACAUAGGGAUAAAUAAAUCUGCAGCUGGAUUGGGUCCACUGUCUCAGUCUCUGGGACUGAAAAAUAGCUGUGUAGACAGACAUUCAGGCUGGAGCUUGAGCUCUGGUACUCUGCAAGGCAGAAGGUUUCAGAACUCGGGCUGGAACUUGAACCUAAGCCCAGAAUAUCUACACAGCAAUUUUAUCCCUGCAGCUGAAAUCCCAUGAGCCUCAGUCAGCAAACUAGGGCCAACCACAGCCAUGACGGGGGACUUGUUGAUUUACACAGGGAUAAAUGUCUUUGUAGAUCAUAUGGUGGUAAUAGGUUUGGUACAAGAACUUGAACAGCUUGGAAUAAAACUGACCAGUUUUAUAUCAUUGUUUCUAGCUAAAGGGCUUGAUUUUUUUUAAAGUAGGUAUAAUGGUGAAUUGGGGAUAGGUCCUUAGUGCACAAGCCCACACAGCACAUGGUGGGCUGCAGUAAGUUAAAGCCGUUGGAAGUUGGCCCAAGUUGGGAGAUCUGUUUUGAGUGCCAGAGCAGCACCCCAGCUGCAGGAUCUCCUUGGUUUUAUGCUUUGCUUUCUGUGCUGAAAUCCAACUCCUAGAAUUUAUUGGACAUUUUACUGUGUAAGGACUUCAGGAUUGGAUUAUUUGUCUGAAAGAGAAUUUUAGUUCUUUCCAAACAAGGAGAGGUAUCUGCAUAUCCUUAUUGCAGUGCAAAUGCAUUUCUACACAGCUCGCUAUUCCACCCAGAGACUAUUUGAAUGGGAUGAUAUUUUUAAAAAUGGGUUUUAUUAUAUUAAUGGUGAUCAAUAACUACACUGUUUACCAAUUAGAUGGCAAACUCCAAUUUGUAUAUUAAACUUAGAAAAGCUUAGUAUUUUUUUAUUUCUUUAAAUUAAAAACUGUUUAAUUAAAAAAAAAUUUUUCCCCAAUAUUCUCUGACAUUCUGAAGUGAAGCACUAGAGUUCUUUGUAAAAUGCCUGAGAGCUUAUUUUUUCAGUGCUACAUUUCUUUAGGAAUCUACUAAAAUCCCACAGGUGGCACCCUGGAACCUAUGAACAAUUCUCUGAUGGCUUUCUGUACAUGGCUGUAUUUUGACUGACACAUGUACACAUUCUGUCUAAUUAAGGUUAUAUGGUUUAUAUAAUUGUGUGGUGAGACUUCAUAAGGGACCUAUUACUUAGUUUCAGAAAAAAAGUUUGCUUUCAGGGCAUUUCUACACAGCAGCGUUAUUUUGGAACAACUGACAUUCUGAAAUAACACAACGCGCGUCUACACAGCAAGCCAUUAUUUGGAAAUAAUGUCGAGCUGGACAACUUCUUAUUCUAACUCCUGUAACUCUCAUUUUACAAGUAGUAAGGGAAGCAGAAGGAAGAGUGUUCUUCCUUCGGCUUCCUGCUGUGUAUAUAGUGCCAAAAGCCAAAUUAAGCUAUUUUGACUUCAGCUACACUAUUGAUGUAGCUGAAGUUGUGUAGCUUAAUUUGAAUUUUGCUCUGUGUGUAAACAUGCCCUUAAAGAACAUUCUGCAGAUACACACAAUCAAAGAGCUCUGAUAGAUGCUAUGAAGAAAAACAUUCAUUGUCAAAUAGUUAAUUAGAACAUAAUUUAGUUUAGAGGUUGCAGCUAUACUCUGCUUUUUUUAUGGCUUUGUUAGAUAGAGAGGGUAUUGUGUUGAUAAGAGAGUGUCUUGGGUCCAACAAAUGGUAAAAGUGAAUUCAACUUACUUUUAAACAGUUAAGUGCCAUGAUAUUUCAUCUCAAAUUAGUACUGAUGUACUUUUUCCAUUGUAACAACUACCAUUACCAUCCUUGAAAUCUCUUAGACACAGAAGCUAGAAAGAAAAACAUUUAAAGAAUUGAAAUGUAAAGGACCGAGUAAAGCUUUUUAUUGCAUCAA